UACUGUAGAAUCCGAAACAGAGUCCGGAACGUCAACAGUACCCGCUCAAAAUAUCAUCUUGAGUGCUGUGGCUUACUGUGAGUUGACAAAUGUCCAAAUUCUUAUGUACAAUCUCCUAACAAAUAUCGGAUAUCUUCCGCCGGCUCGGAGCGUCAGCGUCUCUCACCCAGAUCGAUUCAGGUUCGCUGGAUGCCUGCCCCUCAACAAACUCCCCCAGCGGUUCUAGCUCCCGGUUCCCGGAAAUCUCCACCCCCGAGCUUAUUUCCGGGGGAACUAACGAGCGUCCGCCCGGGUCGCAGUUGGACCCAUCGACCACACACUCGUAGGGUAGAGUGUGUACAUACUGAAGCCCAUACGGCUAGCCAAUUAAUGUAACAGAGAGAUGUCCAUUUAUCGUCUGAGCGACAGCCUCCGGAAACAGGUUCGUUUGAUGCGCCAUCCAGCGGCGGUGGCAAAUGAUGGGCGGCGGUGAUGGAUGACGAUGAUGAGAUGUGUACCCGAAUCAUUCCUUCGCGACCUGGAAUUCACUCCCACGUCACAUGCGUUGAAGGCUCCAAAACCAGCAGAAUGCGAUAAAUACGUAUGUACAGGGUUACAUUUAUUUUGGUGUUUCAUGAUCAUCUAGGAUUCAGAUUAAGAAAUUGUAUCUAGGAGAAGACGGUAGGUAAAAUUAAGUGCGGUGGACGAAGGUAGAAUAUGAUAAUGAUAGCGGAGAAGAAAGGGAAGGCUAGGCAGUAAGGACAGAGGUCAGAAGUCCGCUCGGAAGUAUAUGCAAGAGGGGGGCUGAUCGUAAUCGUAGCAAUUCAUGGGUCACGGACAAGACAAGAAGGAGAGAGAAACCAAAAAAGAAAGGCAAGACGAAGAGGAGAGAGAUAGAGAUAGUGAGAGUGAGAGUGAGUAUGAGGUAAAAAACGGUGUGGUGGUGGUGGUAGUACAGCAAAGUCCGUGGAGAAGAGAUGUGGUUGGUGUGCGAAGUACAACACCCAGCGGCCGCGCUGGGAAAAGCAAGCAAGCAAGUCGUCGUCGCCCGUCGUCGUCGUCAUGCUGAUCGUGCAUCAUACAUCGGGCAUCCCUUCUUCAGGCUGUCACACACUCGCUGAGCCGCGUCGGGAUGUACGGCCGCCCGCCGCACUCGUCCUCGUACCCGUUCCCGAGCGGUGCUGCACGCGACCCGCACACGGACCGCGGCCGCCCGACGGCGUUGAUGCGGUUCAACAGCGUGCGCGCGAGCAGCCGCGAGCGUGAGUCAGAGGAACUGUAGUGCCGCGCCAUAUAAGGCGUCGGGGCCCCGGGGCAUGGGCUGCCGGGUUGCGGAGCGAGUGCGGGUUUGGUGUGGCGCGGGGGUGCGGAGCAGGAGGAGGAUGGAAUAGAAGGGAGUUGUAGGGACAUGGAUGCGAGGGAGGCACGGGUGCAUCCUGAGCCCGCUGAAAAUGAGGGUGAACGUCGGCGGCCGCGCACGACCGGUGCAGCAGGCAGAGACACUGGCUCGGCCACUACUGCUGGUGCUGCUGCGGGCUUGUUUUGUGCAUUGGCGUCUUCGCAGAAUGGGUCGAAGCGUCUCGCGGGGAGGCGCUGCGGCUGCUGCUGUUGCUGCUCGUGGGAGGUCGAGCUUGGCGGUGCCGCUGUCAAGCUGAGAAGCUUGAGCCGGGGUUUUUGCGGCGGCGGCGGUGCGAGCUUCGGUGCAUCUAGUGUGUAAAAGGUGGCUUUGGGGAGGUCGAAGGUGAGGGUGCUGGACCGUUUGGUGUUCCAUGCUGCACCGGACGUGUGCAGAGGGAGUGGGGUCCAAGGAGAAGAGAGGACGGUGAGGGUAAUGGUCGCCAUUGGAAGAGAAAAGUGGGAGAAAGAGAAACAGCGACGACCGUGCUCGUAAGGGCUGAGAAAAGGGAGGGAGCUGGCUGGACUGGCAGGCAGCGGCGGAAUGAGGGAGAAGCAACCCUGCGUCAGCCGUCGCUUUUGAAGCGAUCGAUCGACGGUCGCCUAACCGAGAAGGGCAACGAGCCGGAUCACUUCGGCACGUGUUCCUGUCCCCCUUCAAACGUCGACUUGAAUUUCGCAUGCUUCGCUCUAGCCCCAUUUUGGGAUGAAGUGAACUCUUGUACCCAACUGAGCAACGCCCGAGCUCAUUGUUCUCCGCUCCGUUCACUUUCGCCGUCCGGAGCCAGGAUGAUCCUCGCAGUUCAGUUCCCUAUCAGCAGCAGCAGCAGCCAGUCGGCGUCGCAUCAGAGCGACUGACGUCGGUGUCACUGUGUGUCACCGUCACCAUGCAGCAGUGUCAUCCCGACAUCUGUACGUCCCCCGCCAUCUCGAGGGCUCUCGCACAGCUCAGAUCGUAUGCAUACAUAUGUUAUUACGCACACUGCACCGCCCUUGGCGGUAUGCAUGUGCCAACGGGGUCACCCUCCGCAUUCAUCUUGCCUGAAGCGGAAGAUCCAAAUCCGCGGGGGGCCUCCCUUGCUCCACACUCCAUCCGCUACGUAGUUGCGUUACUUGGCGACCGCGCGCAAGCAAACCCGCACAGUCCAGCCUCUAUCAUCCUGGCUUCACGGAAUGCAAGCUCUGGCAUCCCCGGCCCUUACGCAACGCAAUGCAACGCAACGCAACAUUCAUCUUUAAUGCAAGCUACGACGAGUCCGGCCGGGGGUGCCUCAGUAGGGUUACUUCCGGACUGUUUGUUAUUUGCACACCAGACCUAUGCUUCGCCCGCCCGUCCGUCCGUGGUUCCUGGUCGAACCGAAACUGGGCGUGUGCCGCUCCGGAUCCUUGUUUCGCGAGCCGCGCUAUCACCGCGCGGGGAUGCUUCUCGUCUGCCUCGCGGCCCAUCGGAUUUUCGAUUCGUUGUUCUUCCCAACCCGACCCUCUGCACGCCCUGCUGUUUGGCGCGCAUCAAUUACAUUGUCUGCUCGUCCAUUGUUCCCGAACAGGAAAGUGCUCGCCCUCUGGCAAUUGUCCUGCGGCUAGGGACAAUUAGCCAGACGCUCUGCAGUCCUCGCGUCGCGCGCGGACAUCGAUCUGUGGAUAUGCGCGGCCCUGCCUUCUUGCUUUUUAUCUGCAGCUCCACUGCGGCCUCGCUGUCGCGCCUCUUGUUGUCCUUGUUCUUGUCUAUCCCAAUCCUGCGCUGCAAGCGAAGAACAAUGCGUGGGAAGCAGAGGUGGCCUGCGCACAUGCACUUCUCGAUCUGCGGCUCCGUCAUCUGGCUGGGCGUUCUUUGUCUCGGAUGCUGUUCAUCUUCGCUUGGCUGCACUUCCUCUUGUUCCGCCUGCGGGCAUCGGACCGCAUACGUACCGUCGACAUACAGUACAUUGCGUGUCGACACUUUAUUCCCGUUGUCGCCGAGUCCGGUCUUGUCACUCCAACUGAGGUCUCGCAACAAAGAUGUCUCGCAGAAAGCACAUGCGCGCACCAAUUCUUACAGUACUCAAGCACGAUAAGCACCAGCACCUGAUGACCCCGAGAUUCUUGCUUGUGCUCUGCAAGGUUGAUCACCGAUUCCACGUUUUCUGAUUUCCUCGUCCGCGGAUCCAGCACCGGACGACGCUCUGCACCCGCACCGCGACCACACCGAUCCCCACUCAAUCAAUCAUCAAUCGUCAGCCGGUCGUAACAAAUCGAGCGUCGUCGCGCAGAUCCCGCGUGCUCUGUCCCCGUGCACCGGCUCCAUGAUCCAUGCGCUGCCGGUUGCAUCAGCCCCGCAUCCAUGGCGCGGCACCCGGCUGCGCUCGCCAGCCAUCAUCGGGCACCCCCGAGACGAACCUGGCGUAUGUACGCGACGCCUGACUUGACUAUGCCGUUGGUGUCACGGCCACUGGCUCAGUGCUCUGACGCGAGAGGACACCGCCCGGGUCCGGCAGUCUCGCACUCCGAUCCGACUCAUGCUGGCUGCGUUCGUGAUGUUACGGAGGUCGGGGCGCGUUGCUUGCCGGCGUGAUGGGACCCAGCUCCAGGGAGAAUCCGGAGAUACAUAUGCUGCGCAUCAGUGGCAUGGUAUCGUGGAGCAUUCGAUCAGUGAGUCAGUGAGUGAGUGACUGGGUGAGUGAGUAACCCACGAUCGGGCGAUGCGGAGGGCGGUGCCGGACAGGACCCAGCCACGGAGAGAGCUUCAAAGACGUCACCGAGUCCGCGCCCGCGCCGUUCUGGAGAGCAGCCUGGGCUGCCGUCGGGGAGACCGGGAUGCUGCAGGGUGCUGAUACUCCGGCUACGACCGAGCGACGGUUCCAGUAAUUACAGUACGCUUUUCUCCAUGGACCAUCGCAUGUUUCCCUGUGCCUGGUCGACGGCGCCGAGCGCGAGCUUGGGCGGCGCUGAGGUCACUGGCUGCCGUAACGUCCUCCAGGGUCAGGAUAUUAGCACCGGGGGUCCGGCAACGGCAGACCUGAUGAUGACGACUUACGGUACUUACACGAGGAUGUGGCUAAAUCAGUCUUCAGACCGGACUGCCUCUACUCAGCUUUGACCGACUGCGCAGCCCAAUCAGGUGCGCGCACUUACUCGCACUGCUCUUCUCGAAUACUGCGGCAUCUUCAUAAUCCGACGGCAGCCCCCCUCGAAAAUAACACGGGAUCUCUUAUUUAUACUCCGGCGCCCAAUUGGCUCGAUAGGGCCGGAGUGCUCACCGCGUAGUUCAUCGAUACAAAUUGCUUCUUCCACGGGUCAGAAUGGCGACAGCCAAGUACCCUAACUGGGAGAACAAGUUGUCAAUAGGAGCAAGCACCCGUCUCAUGCCUGGCGGACUUGGGCGUUUCUGAUCAGGCCGCCGCGCGUAGAGCAAGAAAAUUCACGUUCUUCCGACAGAAAUAUGUGUUCAGUGUUUUAAAUUUACAUUGCCAAAUCGGUGUCUUCAAAUUAAACCGGCCUCAGAUCACGUGCAACCUUUGUUGAAGACCGCCCCGCCUGGAAGCCAUGUCGAAAGUGUUCUUUCUAUCGAAUCGCGCCUUGUGAGGCAUUCGACGGCACAUACUCAUGCUGGUGAUAUCCAAAUCAAGAUAAUGACCGCUGCACCGGCAGCAAGUUGCCCUCUACAUAACCCCACUUUUGUUCUCGUGACCUCAGGCUUCAUGGCCCAAGGGCGAACCAACGCUCUCAUGUGCCUUUGAGGGUCUCGGGUCCGACGGCCGAGUGUUAGCCAGGGCUUCUCUACAGCCGCGUCAAGUCCGCUCGAUUCCUCACGCUCCAAUCGAUACAAAGGCCCCUGUCUUCGCUCGCUCUCCCGCGCACACGCACAGUAAAGAUGAGCCCUCCUGCGACUCGGACGUUCCGCAUCGUGUGCAUCCCCGGCGACGGAAUCGGGGUCGACAUCACCGAUGCGGCCGUGCAAGUGCUCACCACGCUCGCCGCGACGUACGGCACCUUCGCGUUCACGUUCGACACGCUCGACUGGAGCUCGAGCAACUACAAGGCGCGCGAGUACUACGCGCCGGAGGGCGGCGUCGAGGGGCUGAAGAAGUACGACGCGAUUUAUUUCGGCGCGGUCGGGUGGCCAGACGUGCCGGACCACAUAUCGCUGUGGCAGAUGAUCCUCCCGAUCCGCACGACGCUCGACCAGUACGCGAACGUGCGCCCGACGCGCAUCCUGCGCGGCACGGCCUCGCCGCUCGCUGCGUGCGCCGCGGACCCGGGCCUGCUCGACUGGGUGAUCGUGCGCGAGAACAGCGAGGGCGAGUACGCGGGGCACGGCGGGACGACGCCGUCCAGCGCGCACGCCGCGCACACCGUCGCGACGGAAGUAAGCAUCUUCACGCGCGUCGGCAUCGAGCGCAUCAUGCGCUUCGCGUUCGAGACAGCGCUGAGCCGCCCGCGGAGGAAGCUGACGAUGGUCACGAAGAGUAACGCGCAGCGCCAUGGGAUGGUGCUCUGGGACGCUGUGUUCCACCAGGUCGCUAAGGAAUAUGACGGGCGAGUCGAGUACGACAAGAUGCUCGUUGACGCUAUGACAGUGCGGAUGGUCAACCGGCCCCAGAGCCUCGACACGAUCGUCGCGACGAACCUGCACGCCGACAUCCUGAGCGACCUCGCCGCCGCCCUCGCCGGCAGCAUCGGUAUCGCCCCGAGCAGCAACCUCGAUCCCACGCGCCGCUUCCCCAGCAUGUUCGAGCCGAUCCACGGCAGUGCACCCGACAUCGCCGGGCAGGGCAUCGCGAAUCCCGUCGGCGCGUUUUGGAGCGCUGCGGAGAUGGUCCGGUGGCUGGCCGGCUCCGAUGGAUCGAGCAACAGCGUCGGGAUAGUCGAGGGGCCCGGUGUCGGGAAUAUGGUGGCGGCAGCCGAUUGUCUGAUGCAAGCCAUCGAAAACGUCACCGGGGCUGGGGUAAAGACAAGGGAUCUGGGAGGAUCGCAUGGGACAGCGGAGGUGACGGAAGCUGUAUGCGCUGAAAUCAGUCGGGUGUACGCACAGAAAUUGUAGCUCACUUAUGCAUUACGUGGAAUCAUACCACCAAGAGCGGUCACGUUGAUCUGUCGGACAACCCAGAGCCCCGUAAAUAAAGUCGAAUCUCGGAUCCUCUCCACCUCCUUCAUCUGCCGCUCGGUCACAGUCACGAUCUCGACCGCUCUCAGCUCUCCAAUGACAUCCGGUGCGAUCCGAUGGCCCGCGAGACGCGAGCUGAUCAUAUGCUCGAGCUCGCCGUGCGUCACAAACGGGCCCAGCUGCAACUCGAGGCGUUCCAGCCAGGGACACAACAGGACGGGGUCGGCGCCUCCCGCGGCCGGAUACGCCAGCGCGCGCAGGAACGAGUUGUCGAUGGGCACCGGCGUCCCGGGGAUGUCCGACGCGAUGGACAGCGCGGUGAGCGAGGGCGACACCCGGAGCAGCACCGCGGCGAUCUCCGCGUGCGCCAGGCGCGAGACGAACAGGUCCCGGAGCGAGAGCGUUCUGAGCGCGCACCCCGAGCGCGCGAGGAAGCGCAUGAACUGCGCGUGGUCCCACCGCAUCGUGAUCGAGCGCGUCCCGAGCUCCAGCGACUGCAGCGCCGGCGCGACGAGCAGCCGGAUGAGCCGCUCCACGCCGUGCUGCGACGCGAGCUUCAGCGCCGCGAGGCGCGGCAUGAGCACCGGCAGCAGCGGGUCGAAGCCCGGCAGGACGCUCUGCAGCUGAUGCCGCACAUCGAGCAGGUGGCACUCCUCCAAUGCCGGGCUGGACUGCAGCACAGACAGACACGCCAGCUCGGACAGCUGCGCUUCGAGCCGCAGAUACGUGAGCUGUCCCCACGGCACGUGGGACAAGUACUGCGGGGGCAGCUGGCCCCGGUGCAUGGUCAGCGACCGCAGGUUGGGCGAACGGUCUCCGGAUAUGACGUGCGCCAGCCAGGGGAUCGUGAAUCCCACAGCCGGUGAUGGAGGCGACCAGGACGAGGGGCUGAGCUCGAGGCGUUCGAGCAGCGGCGCUCCUUGCGAUGUCAACGCAGCGUGGACGGACGCUGGCGGUGCACGGCUCUGCAGAUCCAGCGACACGGCUCUCCAGCGAUGCAGAUGGCGCAGGAGGAGCUCCAUGACAGACUCGACUCUGCCCUGCUCCGCUCUCGUGGUCUUCAAUUCUGGCCGACGCGUCACCACAGAUAGUGUCAAGGGAUGCGCUUUAGAGAGAUCCAGGAACCGGUUGAUCACUGUUUCGGGAGGAGAGGACGACGAAUAGUCCACCACGACCUCGAAUGUCGACCAGAGCAGAGAUAUGUUGAGGGACACCUCUCUCCACUGUUUGCACGUCUGUGAGACAUUCAACGGAACGUCGCAGCGCGUUUUCGGAUAUAAAACGGGACCAGAAACACAGUGGGUGAAUAUCACUUCGAGCAAUUCGGGUGGAAGGUCGCCGAUCGACAUGAGAGCGGCUGAUCAACGUUCAACAGCAACAGUUACAUAGACUAUCGUCUGUAAUGGUCUGUAACAACCACGUGGCUGCAUGUCACGCGUCCAUCAAGUUCUCGCCGCUGUUUUCCGACUGAACAUUCUGAUGCUGGGUGGCAACACGGCCAAUGAUUGGUCGUGUUCGCGACCAAAAUUUGGCUCUGCCUGUGCCGCAAAGCUCCAGCAGAGGUUGCGGGUGCAAUUGUAAUUCCAUACAGGACAGAACACGGGGGCACCAUUCUUCGUCACUUUCCACCAUAGUCGGCAAGGUCCGAUUGCCCUUAUGGGCAAAUCCUAAUAAAUGGAUGCGUUGAUAUAUGUAUGCGCUGUGCCAAAAACCUCCAGAUCAUCUCCUCUGCCGUAGAACCUUGCCUGUCUUCACGGCCUGUCCUUUCGAUUUCUUCUCGGAAUCUUUCAGCAGUUUUUUCUCCUUCACUUGGCGCAGAUGCUUGACAGUCAGUACCCAGUCGGAGGUGUCCAGCUCCUCCCUGCCCUCGUUGUACAACUGCUGCUCCUCCUGCGGGCUGAGCAGAGCUAGUGACUGCCGCCUGCCGUUGCGCCAGAGGAUGAUUUGCACGAGAGCUUGAGGCAGCAGAACGUCCAGACAGUACUGAUGAAGUCUGUUCGGCAACCUUUGCGUGUGUAGGAGCAGUGAAACUUACGGAAAGCUUGUCCACUUCGGUGAGGCUCUCGAAACCCUCGCAGCCAGUCUGUGCCAUCAGCCGUUCCGGCACGGCCUCAUCCUGUCUGACACUCAGCGCCGUCCUCAUGCAUGAGCCGGAUAGAAGAUCGAUCUCACCUCGUCGCCCGCGAUCGUAAAGGACGAAGUGGGCGGGUCCAAUACAGGCGAGGAUGGUUGCCCCACGCCCUCUGUCGGUGUAGGUGAGGGUGCGCUGUGCGGGACGCUUGCAGACUGGAAUGUGUGUGAGCUUGAUACGUUGGACGUCCGUUUGACAAGGGUACCUCAGAGUCACGCUCUUCUCUGACCUGCUGAUCCACAUGUCGACUGUUUCGCUCCAGCCGCACGCACCAUUCCACUAUCAGUUUCCCUAGCUUCUCUACCUGUCUCGGAUCCAAAAGUCCACGGAUCGACGCUUUCUUGGCCAGAGCCAGUCUCGUGUUGCCCCCCGCUAAGAAGUGCAGAUGAGCCUCGCGCGCGGGGGCAUAUUCAUCCCUGAGGAUAGCUUGUAGAACAGGUUUCGUAUGCACGAAUUGCUGCCGCAGGUCCAGAGCCGAGAACCUCGGUCCGUCGGGCGGGGGAUCAAGAGGCUGGGGACUGCUUUCACGUGUCCAAGAAUCCUCCUCCUCUUCGUCGUCGCCGUCCGCGUCAUUGACGGCGUCCGUGACCUCACUAGCGAAAGUGCCCAAAAAGCAUGUCCCAAAGCCGGGCUCGUCGAAAGUGUAGAAGAGAUCUCGUGUGAUCGAGGACCGUGAUGCGUCCACCCACUGGACGUGGUAUCGUGGUGGUGCCGACGGUUUCGAGGGGGGUUCGUAUUUGAGUAUCUGAGCCGGCCAGUAUUUGUUGCUGGCUGCCGUUUCGCGGGCGUAGACAAGCUCCCCUGGUAUAUCCAGUGUCUCGUCAGGUGGAGGCGGGACAUAAGCAGCUUUCUCCGAACGAAUCGACUGGGGUCGAGUGGUUGUUGGCUUUUCCCUCUGAGAAAUUGAAGCCUUGUCUUGCGAUCCCGACUGGUAUCCGGGAAUAUCCCGGGUACUCUGCAUGAAUUGCACACUCGGAAAGUGAUUGGACUGCACUUCGUGCACGGCCCUAGAUACUGCAAGUUGCCAUUGCGCCUCCAGGUUCAUCUUCUGCCGUUUUUUUGGGGACUCGUCCGAUGUCGGUUUCGGAUACGCCGCGUCUUUCGGUUCGCAGAAACGGAUCGCGCGGUCAGAGUCGAAUUCAACGUAGUAGUCUUCCGAGGGCGGGGCGGGCAGCUCGAUUACACGGUCCUCCGCGCGCUCGCCGAUGCGCUCGAACAGCAGGACACGGAAAGGCGUCCUGCUCAGCUCCUGUGAGACGUCAGUCGACGCGACAUUCGCGUGCGGGAAGGCGGCGACGCACGCGACACGGCCACCACAUCCCACUCUCAUCCCUCGGAGCGAACACGUCUCCGUCGUGGUUGACCAAUAUCCAGCCAAACUGGGGAUCUCCGCCCGGGGAGAUGGAGCGGAAAGCACUGCCCCGGAGGGUGCGCGCUGCGUUUAUGGGCGAGGGGGGAUUGGAAAGCGAUGUGAGGCUGGAGUCCCUCCCAUCCGACGCGCGCGAAUCGAGAGACACCGGUCGUUUUCUCCCCGAUGUCGAGUGCGGACGCUGAGUGGCGCUAGCGCUGGCAGGGAUGCCGCUUGCGGACUUGACGGACUUCUGCUUCAAGUUCGGACGACUGAGUGCUCGUCUGACCGGUUUCGCUGGCGAGUGCGGGGGAUCCGAGCGCGUGGGCGACGAGUUCAGUUGGGACUCGAAUUUUGUGGAGGCUUGUCUUGCCGCUUGACGAGUGGCACGAGAGCCAGACGUCCGUUCAGCGCCUGACAUGUGGGGAAGGAGAGAUAGAUGACCUCGGUUAGCGGCAAGUCAGCGAUGCUUCUGCCGAGUGGACAGCUAUGAACGGUCCAGCUAAGAGUUUGGCAACCACAAUCCAGGUGUAUUAUUUGCUUGUCCAUGCAAUUAUGUUUCAAGGACUUCAUGUCGAAGCGCGUCUACGUGUCUAUAUAUCGGUGGAUCGAAAGGAUCCAAUCCCAUGUGUUCAUUGGGGGUCCAGGCUCUGGCCAUCGGAAACCACAUCCGCGUCCUUGGAGGAUCAGAUCUUUGCGCAGCUGUACUAUGGCUUUCGUUAACAGGCCAAGUUGUAAUUCAGCCCGAUGUCUCGACAAGUAUCAAGCAACGAUCAUGAGACACUGUGCAUCACUGUAGAUGACAGCCCAUUCCGUUUUGCGGGUCCAGGAUCACGGAAGCAUCUGGGGCACUAGAAGUCCUUGCGCGGGUACGAUUGCGCAAGGUAUUCUAGCGGGUGAUAGCAAUGUGCAGUCACUUUCGAAAUACUCGCCGCAGCUACUAGAGGCCCUGUCGCCUCAAGACAAGCCAUUAGAUGUCGAAUGAGAGACAUCUAGUUCCUCUCGGUAUGCACCGAUGUUUGACGGCCGAAAUGAGCUCGCAGACAGCAGAAGGAGCGAUGAGUGUGAAGAAGUCGACACAGGGAAGCCGUGACGUCGACGGGCAGGGACUCAGGGAGCAAUCCCAAGGACUAGAAGCAGUCGGCACGAAGAUCGAUGGGGUUGAGGAGGUUAUAAGCUGGCUCUAGCGUGCCCAGAAAGCUUAUUCUUUCUAGCUUUGUUCAAAUUUUCGUCGUGAGCGUUCGUCAUAAACUGGCGUUAACCUUUCUCCGACUGUGACGACAACGGCGGCGAGGUGAAAAUCGAGUGUCAGGCGAAUAUUCAGCGGCUCGUCCUCACCUUUACAUACAACGAUGUCGCAGCCCAGCCAGUUGCCUGCUACUCCCGGCUCACUUCCGAAUUCGAGCGGGGUCCGCAGACACCAUACGAUCUCGGCUGCUUCCAGAGCAGCACGCAACAGCGCCAUAUCGGAAGAAGCUGCUCAAGAGCAGCACUGGAACGAUGACGAUGAGGCUGUCGGAGAGGACUGGGUAGGCGGCGUGGGUGCUGUGGGCGAAAAAUCGGGACUCCACCGGCAGGCUUCUCUCCCGACAAGAUACCACCGAGCCUUCCAACCUCAGGUUUCUGCGCUCUCGAGGUCCGGAAGUUUGACGGCCAAGAACAGUUUGAGUGCCAUCGCCGGGCAUGAAGGCGAUGAAGACGAUUGGGAGGGCGAUAUCCCCUAUGCAGUGGAAGAUAGUCAUGUCACAGGAGAAGAAUUGGAUCCCACCUCUCCUCUUUCCCCGCAUGACGGCCCUUCCCCACCGGCUGCUGGUGCCGGUGUCCGCCGUCACCAGUCUCUUACAUACGGCGCGGCUGCUCGCCAAGCACAGAAGAUACCUGUGACAGGCCUCCGUCGGUCUGGAACGUUGCAGACCCCCCUGCCUCCCCAUCCUCCACCUGCCAAUGCGACAGAAGCUCUCGAACAAGAGCAGGAGGAAUUUGUUUAUCAAGAUGAUCCAGGCGACUUCGACGAGUCUGAAUAUUAUCCCAAACAAGCUGGUCCCGCCAGUCCCGUCAACCGCCUCUCGCCCUGGUCAACGAAUGCCGGUGACUGGCGCGCCCCGAGCAACGGUUUCGCACCAGCCAACGUCGAUGAUGUCCAACGGGCUCUGUCUGCAUUGGAAAUUGGGGCUGGGUACGCGGGCAACGGGAACGCAUACGUUGGCGGCCAGAGCACCCAUCCUCCUCGAUUCAACCCAGCACACCCGCCUCCAGCUCAGGCGCCGGGCAUGCGAAGUGCCGGGGGCGGGAAUGGGAACGGAAAUACCGGGAACGGCAAUGGGGGCCGCAAGAUGGGAGAAUUUGACGGCCGUAAGACACCUGUCGGGCAGCAGCAGCAGCCAGGACCUCCGUAUCAGCCAUACAGUGGUGCCUGGGACCAGCAGAAGGACCCGUCGUUGCGUCUGCGCACGUCCAAUCCGAAUCUCCGAUACAGCUACCAGCAACAGCAGUCCAGCAAAGACCAACCGGUGCCGCCCAUCCCCGCACAGUAUAUGCAGCCACCUCGGCCGACGCAGCAAAACUUUGGCGGCUCCCCUGUCGACGUGCCUAGCCUCAUCGCGGCGAAAGGCUACAACCCAGCGACGUUCGAGCUGAGGCCACAGUAUGCCCGGUAUUUCGUGAUCAAAUCUUACACGGAAGACGAUGUGCACAAGUCUCUUAAGUACGAGAUUUGGAGUUCGACGGAGCCUGGCAACAAGCGGUUGGACAAGGCAUUCAAGGAGUGUAACGGACGAGGCCCAAUCUACCUUUUCUUCAGCGUGAACGCGAGUGGCCAUUUCUGCGGUAUGGCAGAAAUGCUCACGGCUGUAGACUACACGCGAAGCAGUACUGUCUGGGCAUCUGACAAGUGGAAGGGCGUUUUCAAAGUCCGUUGGAUAUACGUUCGCGAUAUCCCCAACUUGAAUCUCCGUCAUAUUAAGCUCAUGAAUACCGCUGAACGAAAACCCGUCACGAACUCGCGGGACACACAGGAGCUGCUUGCUGAAGCAGGGCAAGAAAUGCUUCGGAUCAUCCACACGCACCCUGCCCGGACUUCUCUGCUGCAGGACUUUGCGUUCUAUGAGCUGCAAGCGAUGCAAAAAGUGGCGCAAGGGAGCCCCUCGCCCAGUAGCCCGACAAGCAGUGCUGGGGCACCGACACAUUCUCCGCAGAUGUCGCCGCCGAUGGCUCCCGCUCAAUUCCCGCUGAACCCGAAUGCGUUUAUGGUCCCGCAGAUGACGCCAAUGGUCCAAAUGCAGCUCAUGGGGAUGAACAUGGGCAUGGUGCACCGCACGCGAUGGCGUGCACGGUCCCGCGUCCACCUUCGACCGCACUCUCAGGGACUCUCUCGGCACGCCAUGAGCAGCGACGACGACGCGAAAAACGCGCAGAUUGACGAAAAGGGACUCGAGUCGCCGCCGAGCCUGAGCCGCCAUGAUGAUGGCGCUGCUGCCGCUACCUUGGAGUUGGUCUCUAGGAAGGAGAGACUGUCGAGCGCGUUCACCAUUGCGUGUGCCGGCUUCGCGUUGAUCAGCGAUGGGCUCCAGAACAACAUCAUGUCCCUGACGAACGUGGUCUUCACCCAGCUGUAUGGCUCCGCGGCAUACAAUUCGUUCUGGUCGACUCAGCUGUCCAACUCCCUCACUGUCGGCACGAUUCUCGGUCAGGUUGCGAUCGGCUAUCUGUGCGACGUCAAGGGCCGGAAGUGGGGCAUCGUGCUGUCGACUGUGCUCAUCGUGCUCGGGAUCAUUCUUUGCGCCGCUGCCAAGGGCGCACACGGGAGCUUCCACGGGUUCCUCUGGAUGUUCACGAUCGCUCGUGGGAUCACGGGUCUCGGAGUGGGGGGUGAAUACCCCAGUUCGUCGACCUCUGCUGCGGAAGCGGCCAAUGCGCGCAUGCUCAAGCAGCGAGGACCUGUGUUCAUCCUGGUCACCAACUUGGUCCUUUCGAUGGGCGGACCUUGUGCGAUCAUCCUGUAUCUUAUCGUGUUCGAAGCAGCCGGGGGCCUCUCUGCCAACCUGUCAACCGUCUGGCGCACCGUUUUUGGUAUCAGCGCCGUCCCACCGCUGAUCGUGUUCUAUUUCCGUCUCAAGAUGCUGAAUUCUGAGCUUUAUCGCAAGGGCGCCAUCCAGCAGAACGUCCCACACUUGCUUACGAUCCGGUACUACUGGAGAUCGCUCAUAGGUACGGCGGGGGCUUGGUUUUUGUAUGAUUUCAUUGUGUUCCCGAACGGUGUUUUCUCCGGUGUCAUCAUCUCGUCGUUGGUCAAAGUGCACGGUAAAGAACUCGUGCGCAAGACCGCGGAAUGGCAACUGCUCUUGGGCAUCAUUUCCAUUCCAGGCUGUUUUGUGGGUGCUGCGUUAGUCAACCGCAUCGGACGCAGAAACACGAUGAUCUUGUAUGUCAAGUUGUUUCCCCUCGCAGUCGAUCUGGCGCUCAAGGGCCCGCAGCGGAACAAGGUCAUCAAGAACGUGGCCGGAUUCGUCGUGCUGUACGGGCUGAUGAACAGUCUUGCUAAUGCUGGACCUGGAGACAUGCUCGGUCUCGUCUCUGCGGAAUCCUAUGCCACGGCCGUCCGCGGGACGUGCUACGGCUUCAGCGCCGCCAUUGGCAAGACGGGCGCUGUGAUCGGCACUCAGGCGUUCACGCCGAUCCGCAACAACCUAGGCGCGCGCUGGACCUUUAUCAUUGCGGCCAUCUGUGGGCUCGCGGGCAUGCUCGUGACGAUCUUCUUCAUCCGCAAUGACCUGGGCGGCGAUCUUGCCGAGGAGGAUGCCAGAUUCGCUGCGUUCUUGGAGGCCAACGGGUGGCAGGGAAAGAUCGGCGCGACAGAGUCGAUUGAUAAGCUCAUUGUCGCGGAGAAGGGCGAGAACGAGGAGAAAAAGUGACGGACUGUGCGUAUGUUGCCAGUCGGAUGAAUUAACGAUGUAUGUAGCCCAUACUGUAUUAUCCGAGCAUGCUAUCUCGGUCAGUGAGUUUGGAUUCGUCACAUCCGAGUUGCGGUGCGUAAGUUCUGC